CAACUCUCUCUUUUUCUUUGUCACCUCUCCUACCAACUUACCUAGUCUUCCCCUUCCUUCUUGAACUGGACAUAACGAGAGUUACCUGAGAAAUUACCACCACGAUCUGUAUAUAUAGUCUUGGAUCAUGAAGAUCAGAAAGACACCUUCGAAGAAGCUUGUAGCAGUUCCACGACCGCUGCGCGACUUGAUCAAGAGUCUUGAGCAUGACCCAGAAGUACAGAUUCCAAAAAAUGCAGCACAAAUCAAGGAUUGGACAUACCCUCGAGGAGAUCUGUUUCAUUGGGUGGGCGUUCUCAAUCGCUUCGAUGGCAUUCUGCAACGCACUUGUGACGAAUACGAUCUUCAGGAGCAUAUGCAAUCUCGAGACUUUGACGCCAACACCAAAGACUUGCUUGUUGCCGUUGCUAAUCUUUCAACGACCUUGUUUGAAAAUUGUACAAACAGAAACAUUUACAACUCUUAUGAGGUAUAUGAGAAAUUGAUACAUCACUUAUAUUAUCGUGACUAAGCAAUUUGACGAUUUGAUAUAUGAAUGUAGCAUAUGAAUGCUCUUAUCAAU